GUCACUUCCGCUGUGGUGCGCGUGGCCAUUUAAAAGGCGCCGUGUGUGGAGCGCGCGAGCACUCCCGAACUAAACCGUUAGUCGUUCAGUCUCGAGGCACGUUAACUCAACCGUCAUCAUGGUCCGAGAGGUAGAAAGCCUGGAUGACUUCAAGGCCAUCCUGAAGGAAGCCGGAGACAAGCUGGUGGUGGUGGACUUCACAGCCACAUGGUGUGGCCCCUGUAAACAGAUUGGCCCAAUAUUUGAAGAACAGUCGUUGAAGCCUGAGAACAAGAAUGUGAUUUUCCUGAAGGUGGACGUAGAUGAGGCUGAGGAUGUGAGUUCAUCCUGCAAUAUAAGUUGCAUGCCCACAUUCCAGUUUUACAAGAAUGGAGAGAAGGUGUUCGAGUUCUCUGGUGCAAACACAAAUACGCUGUUGGAAAAACUGGUAGCUUUCAGAACAUAAGAACCAUAGUAGCCACCGCUGCCCUCUGUACAUGCUGUGCUAAGAAAUCCCAGUUUCAUUUUCUGUACAGUAACUAUCAGGUUUCCUGUUGGUGACAUACUGUAGUCGUGUUAGUUCAGUGUAUGUAUGUAGCGACUGUCUUAACAAACUGAAAUUGAACUAAAACCUGAUGACUACUUUUUAAUUCUGUUUUUAUAUGAGGAAUUGGCUUUGAUCUCAACUAACUUUCUUUGUUACAUUAUGUGUACAACAUUGUGGAUUUAAUAAAUGAAGAUGAGCUACAGGAA